GCCGCGGAAUCUCCUCCUCUCGCGAGAGGUGCGAGGCGCGGGGCUGGCGGCUGCGGAGAAACCGGGAGCCAGCCUAGGUGGCAGUACUUUUUAGAUCUGUCAGCACUGCAGGAAUGGCAGAUUUUGGGAUCUCAGAAGGCCAGUUUGUGGCGGUGAUCUGGGAUAAGUCAUCCCUUGUAGAGGCUCUGAAAGAUCUGGUGGGUAAGCUUCAAGUGUUAACUGGCAAUGAGGGCCGAGUGUCUGUGGAAAACAUCAACCAGCUGUUGCAGUCUGCCCAUAAAGAAUCCAGCUUUGACAUUAUUUUGUCUGGUGUAGUCCCAGGAAGCACCACUCUGCACAGUGCUGAGAUUUUGGCUGAGAUGGCCCGGAUUCUUCGGCCUGGUGGCUGUCUUUUUCUGAAAGAGCCAGUAGAGACAGCUGUAGUUAACAAUAGCAAAGUGAAGACAGCAUCUAAACUGUGUUCAGCCCUGACCCUUUCUGGUCUUGUGGAAGUAAAAGAGCUGCAGCGGGAGUCCUUAAGCCCUGAGGAGAUACAGUCUGUUCAAGAACACCUGGGUUAUGAAGGUGACAGGCUGCUUUCUGUUCAGAUCACGGGCAAAAAACCAAACUUUGAAGUGGGUUCUUCUAGUCAGCUUAAGCUUUCCAUCUCCAACAAGUCUUCUCCUUCAAUGAAGCGUGCCGUGGACCCAGCCGCUGCCAAGCUCUGGACCCUCUCAGCCAAUGACAUGGAAGACGAGAGCAUGGAUCUCAUUGACUCAGAUGAGCUUCUGGAUCCAGAAGAUUUGAAGAAGCCAGAUCCAGCUUCCCUGCGGGCUGCUUCAUGUGGUGAAGGGAAAAAGAAGAAGGCCUGCAAGAACUGCACCUGUGGCCUUGCAGAAGAACUGGAAAAAGAGAAGUCAAGAGAACAGAAGGGCUCCCAACCCAAGUCGGCUUGUGGAAACUGCUACCUGGGUGAUGCUUUCCGCUGUGCCAGCUGCCCCUACCUUGGGAUGCCAGCCUUCAAACCUGGGGAGAAAGUGCUCCUGAGCAAUGACAAUCUUCACGAUGCCUAGGAGGAACCUGAGAUGGGAUGAAUCUGCUCCUCCGGCCAACUCCUGUCCCUCAAAUCCCACCACUGUGGCUCUCUCAUCCCCACCCCCCCAGAUUUGCUUACUCUAUUUGAAAUCCCAUUUCAGGGAGGUGUGUAGCAGACAGAGAAGCUGUCUGUAGGAUGCAGUGGUGUGUAGUGCUGCUAUGAUUCAAAAAACCAAUGUAUAAUGGGGCCCUGUUACCCAGAGUGGGGGACCUGUUUCUUCACCUAGUGUUAGGGGAAGGGAGUGGUGCCCUGAAGAGGCCCCUCUCCUGACGUUAAAAUGCUGACUGUAACACUCUUGAGCCCAGAUAUCCUUGAGUAUUAUUAACACUCUGUGACAAACCUCCAGACCCCUACCCCUAUUCUGAGCCCAGCAAUGCUGCCACUUACUUGUUUUCUAGAGUUGGUGUGUUACUCAAUUUGCAGUUCUUGGUGAUAUGAGUCAAGUGUCUCAUGACCUCCUCAGGGCACCAAAAGAGCCACUCACCGGUUGCUAUGAUCCUAUCCAAUGUCUGUCUGCCCCCUUCUACUCCCACCCCCAUCCCAUUUUAUUAUAGUAUUACAUCUGUGUCCUGUUGUCAUUUCUAUUAACCUACAAGUAUUAAACUUGUGUACUUCUGUA